AAGGCAAUUCUCUUCAUGGGGAUUUUGCAGGAACAUGAAGCCCAUGCCCUCAGAGUGCAAAUAGAACAGUUGGAGAGUCUUCUGCAGAACCCUGGCAGUGAUUACCUUGCAGAAGGCAUUCCCAUCCCUGAUGAUCUAGCUGCUGACCUCGAAAAAUUGUCUGCAGAGAACAAGAAACUCAAAUAUCGACUGAGCAUUAUGAAGAGGAGUAUGGAGAAUGGGAGGUCCCCUAAAAAGCAUGCAGAAGGUGACCAUAUGAACAAUAUUAUUGGUUUAUUAUCAACUGCUUUCCAUGAGGCUGUCAAGAAAGCCUUUCCCAAGCUGGAUGAUCCACCAAUUGCAAUCCUACCUGCAAGUAAUCCAAAGUUUGGGGACUAUCAGUUUAAUUCUGCCAUGGGGAUAUCUCAGCAUUACAAAAGUAGUCAUAAGUUGUCGACUUCUCUUCAGCUCCUGAAAUCCCAUGGGGAGAAGCUGAAUCCAAGAGAAGUAGCAGAGAAGGUGAAAACUGCAUUAGGUGAUGAUCCAAUUAUAGAGAAGCUGGAGGUUGCAGGUCCAGGGUUCAUCAACAUUACUGUGAGCUGUGGAUACAUUCUUAAGUGUUUACACCAGCUGGUUCUUCAUGGUGUUCAACCUCCCAGGCUCAGUGGAAGGAAGAGAGUUGUUGUGGACUUCUCUUCUCCAAAUGUUGCAAAAGAAAUGCAUGAUGAAUUUCCCAAUUACCAGAAAGAAGUUCCACCCAUUGGUGACCUUCAAGCUUUCUACAAAGCCUCCAAGGUUCGAUUUGAUGGUGAUGACAAGUUCAAGAAGCAGGCUUAUUCCUGUGUUGUGAAGCUUCAGUCUGGUGACCCUGACUAUGUGAAAGCUUGGACCCUGAUCUGUGAUGUCUCAAAGAAGGAGUUUUCCAAGGUAUAUGAACGGUUGGAUGUCAGAAUCAUUGAUCGAGGCGAGUCAUUUUAUCAGAGCAGGAUGGUAAAAGUUGUGGAGGAGUUGAAAAGAAAGAACUUCCUUGUUGAAGAUGAAGGGAGGCAUGUAAUGUUUCCAAAAAAGCUCUCUGCACCACCCUUGACAGUGGUUAAAUCAGAUGGGGGAUUCACCUAUGAUACAUCUGACAUGGCAGCCAUCAAACAGCGGCUGGAAGAAGAGAAAGCAGACUGGUUGAUUUAUCUUACUGAUGCAGGGCAGAGUACCCACCUGCACACAAUAUUUGACUGUGCAGAACAAGCAGGUUGGCUGGAUCGAAGCCAAAUAAGAGUGGACCAUGUUGGCUUUGGUGUAGUUCUGGGUGAAGACAAGAAGAAGUUUCAGACACGAUCAGGGGAAACAGUGAGAUUGAUCGAUCUCUUGGAUGAAGGGGUCAAGCGUACUGGUGAGAAACUUCAAGAGAAGGGUCGGCAGGAUGUCCUCACCAGUGAAGAGUUCAAAGCUGCUCAGGAAAAUGUUGCUUAUGCAUGUAUCAAGUACAAUGACCUUGUUCACAACCGGAACCACGAGUAUGUCUUCAGCUUUGACAAGAUGUUGGAGGACAAAGGGAAUACAGCUGCUUAUUUGCUAUAUGCCUACACACGAAUAUGUUCCAUUGCUCGGACAGCUGGAGUCUCAUCAGAAGACAUAAAGGCAUCCAUGAAAGAUCAACAGUUGAACUUGGAUCAUCCAAAGGAGCUAAAAUUGGCUAAGACAAUCAUGCAGUUUCCAGAAGUACUGGUUCGACUCCUUGAUGACCUUUGCCUUCACACCCUGUGUGAAUAUGUAUAUGGCCUAUCAAACACUUUCACAGACUUCUAUGAAGCUUGCUACUGUAUUGAGAAGGAUCGAAAAACAGGAGAAAUUGUGAAGGUGCACAUGAAUCGCCUUGCACUCUGUGAAGCCACUGCUUCCAUCAUGGCUGCAUGCUUCAAUAUUCUGGGAUUGAGACCUGUGUCCCGUAUGUGAUCAAACAAUUGUCUAUGGACAGAAUUUCAAGGUAAUGAAUAAACUGAUGCUUGGAAUGAGGCAACUAUGAUGAUCAUAACAGGAUAGCAUCUUGGAUCUGCAGGGUGAGAUUUUUCAUUUUUGGUGCCAGAACUGGGGAUGACAUAAAAAAAAAGUCAGUAGUUCUUUCAAAACUACCAGG